AUGAUUCCCCACACUGUGGAUCAGCUGGUCCCAACGGCAACAGCUGCACUGGCUCCCAGUAUGGUUCCACACACCAAGCACCAGAACACACCUGGAGUCACACCGCAGUCAAUCCCGGUAGCUACCUCCGAGAUACCGCCAAUUGUUGUUACUGCUACUGCUGAGGUGAUAACAGCCCCGACUAUGACAUCUCCAACUGUGCAAGCAACCACAGUUCUAACCCCGCUUGGCGUCGCACACGUUCAAUACUCGCAGAAUAUACCACAGCCAAUGCAUACAACGGAUUUGGUACAGCAGCCGACGCCAACUGCGACCGAACACCAGGACAAGCAGAACAGUCUCUACUGUAGGGAUGUCAAAUUUUCUAAAUGCAAAACCUAUCGAACGGACUUGAAGUGCUGUCGUAACACGGACAAGUGUACCGGUUGGGGUAACUGUAAGUGCGCGUCCACAUCGUGUUGUAAAACAACACAGAAAGCUGAGGAUCAUGACCGCCAGGUUACUGACUCCGGUAGCGAGUACCAUGGAAAUUGUAAGAAAGACGGGACUAGCAGCAAGUGCGAGAGUUAUAGUUCAGACAAUUGUUGCAAAGCAGGAACCGAUAAAAUGUGGGGGCUACGCCACAUUCAAAUGUUCCUCACCACACUGCUGCACAAAGACAAAAAAGGCCAAAGACAAUCGUUGUCGUCGCGGUGA